AUGGCAUCUAUUCACGACUGUAUGUGGAGGCGUUUUGCAUACCUUUUAUAUCUCUACACGGUCAUCAUAAAUGCAUCUGCUGUGGGCGCUGUAGGGGGAGCUGGUGAUCCAGAUGUUGCAGGAAAAGGGGAGAAAACCCUUGCAUUUUAUGCCAAUGAUCCCGAAUGCCGUACACGUCUCAAGAGCUACACGACUCUAAUUGCAGGUGUUGAUGACAUGAAGAGGUAUCUGGCUGUCCUCACAUCGGUAAUACCUAAGUCCGACUCUUCGCCAGAAGCUAAAGAAGCAGAACUACGGGAAUGUAAAAAUUUAUUGAAAACCAUUCAAACUGUAAUACACAAGGACAAAUAUGACCAACUAGCAAAUCUAUUUGCUCAAUACGACUCCAUAAAAACAGCUCUUCAAAAUAAAGGUGUAACACGGGAAAGGUCGGCUGAGCUUAAUAAGGAACUUGCCGAUCUAGAGAUACAAUUCAAAAAUCUAGAAACGUAUGCGGCUGCGCUUGUUAAUAUCAAUUUUGAAGUAGAUCAUAAACAAAUUAUAGAAAGAACGCAAGCGCUUAUUGAAAAACAUAGAGGGCCCAAAUCACCUCAGAUUAGACGCGGUGGCAAGGCUGUGUUGAACGCUAAUACACCUCUCCCACGAACAAUGAAUCAGCAACAACGCAAGACUGACGAGAAGCCGUCUAACGAAAUGGACGCUCAACACGAGGAGGAAAUCACAACUGACCAUAUACACGGCAUGAAGAAUACCAAGGAUUCAUCCGGACACGCGGCUCUGGGCAUUAUGGUUAUUAACACCAUGGUCGCCAUUGGUCUCAUGGCAGCGUUCUGA